AUGUCAAUGGUGCCCUUCUUGUUAGCUGUGUGGCUGCUUCUACUGCCUGUGCUGCUACAAGAUGCUGCCAGCUCUGAAGCAGUUUGUGGAAAGCCAGCUCAACGAAUUAUGGGGGGUGAACCAGCUCCCUCUGAUGGGCUGUCAUGGCCCUGGCAAGUCAGCAUUUUAUAUCGGGACCAACCUAUUUGUGGAGGUGCCCUCAUAGCCGAGAAGUGGGUCCUGUCGGCAGCUCACUGCUUCCCUAACAUCAAGAGCCAAACUACCCAUUCUGAUGUAGUGCUGGGUGCCUAUCAGCUCCUGAACACUUCAAGUAACACAGUAACAUCUGAUAUCCAACAGAUUAUCCUCCAUCCCACCUAUGACAGUGAUAGCUCCAGAGGGGAUAUUGCUUUAGUAGAGCUGAAGUCCCCUGUGAGUUUCACCAAGUACAUUCUUCCCAUCUGCUUGCCAGAGACCUCUGCAAAGUUCUCAAUGGAAGAAAGCUGCUAUGUGACUGGAUGGGGAGAUAUUAAACCUGGAGUGGAAUUGCCACCCCCACUAACCCUCCAGGAAGUGAAAGUGCCACUCAUAGACCGAGAAAAAUGCAAUUCUCUCUUCAACGCUACCCAACAUGAACCGCAACUCCAUAAUCCGGUCGGCCCUGGUAUGAUCUGUGCUGGCUACCAAGAAGGGGGCAAAGAUUCCUGCCAGGGUGACUCCGGGGGACCCUUGGCUUGCCCAUGUGAUGGACAUUGGGUCCUGGCUGGGGUUGUGAGCUGGGGGAUAGGCUGUGGCCGCCCUGGUCUCCCUGGUGUCUAUUCUUCAACCCCUUUUUAUGCCACUUGGAUCUCCCAGCAUAUACCCAAUAUGACCUUUGUGACGUGUGGAAAGGAUGGGACUACAAGUGGGAAAAGUGAGGUGAAUGGCAGAGAACAGAAUUCCCCUGUUGUGACACUCCUCCUAGUGUUUUUUACAUUGACCUUCUAUGAGAUGCUCCUCUCUCUGCCUUCAGCCCAUCUACUGAUGGGUUAUGUGGAAUUUGUUCAGAAUUUGGCUGAACCACCCAGAGAAUACUUCAGAAGGACAGCAAUGCCAAUUGUUACUUCCGCACUGACUGUGUGGCUUCUUCAGCUGACCAUGCUACAAGGUGCUACAAGCUCAAAAGCAGAGAGUGGGCAGCCGAUAAAUGCUCCAAAAAUAGUUGGGGGCCAACCAGCCUCUGAUGGGUCAUGGCCCUGGCAAGUCAGCAUUUCGCUGUUUUCUUAUCCUAUUUGUGGAGGCUCCCUCAUAGCCGAGCAGUGGGUCCUGACAGCAGCUCACUGCUUCUUCUAUGGACUGGGGCCCAGGUUCCGAUACAAUGUCCUCCUAGGUGCCCAUCAGCUCUCAAACCUCUCUGAUAAUGCUGUAGCAUCUGCUGCAGAACAGAUUAUCCUCCAUCCUGACUACAAUGGCAGCAUUGACCACACAGCAGAUAUUGCUUUAAUCAAGCUGAAGUCGCCUGUGAGCUUCACUGACUACAUCCUCCCCAUCCGCCUGCCAGAGUCCUCUACAAGCUUCUCUUCAGAAGAACACUGCUGGGUAACUGGAUGGGGAGAUAUUCAAACUGGAGUGUCUUUACCUGCCCCACAAACUCUCCAGCAAGUGAAGGUGCCGCUCAUAAGCCGAGAAGCCUGCAAUGCUCUCUUAAACAGUGUCUCAGAGAAGGGCUUAAGAAAGGAUCCUGUCAAGCAGGAUAUGAUCUGUGCUGGUUACCCAGAAGGUGGGAAAGAUUCCUGCCAGGGUGACUCUGGGGGACCCCUAGUUUGCCAGCUCAAAGAAGGUUGGAUUCAGGCUGGGAUUGUGAGCUGGGGAAGGGGCUGUGGCCAACCCUCCCGCCCAGGUGUCUACAUUUCAGUACCUUUCUAUGCCAACUGGAUCCAAGAGAGAAUACAGGGUAGAAAUGGGGGUGGUGGGGAAAUUGUUGGGCUACCCAAUGUUGUGACAUUCACCUCGGUGGCGUUUGUACUGACCCAUUUGUGAGAAACCAGUCUGCUGGCUUCCAGUCUGCCCACCAAUUGUAUGGAAUAGCUUUUCUUUCUUUUUUUAGUUUUAGUUUUUAUUUAUACUUUGCAAAUGUAUACAUUUCAUUAGUUUUACAAUCAAUUUAACAUUCUCCAUUUGAGCUCGUUUUCUCCUCUAAAUAUAUAAUUUUCAAACAAAAUCAAGAGCAGAUGAAUGGAUAUGUUCACAGCUGCUAUAUUCACAACUAAAUAUGAUUACAUUAGAGUAUACAUUUGAGUUUUAUUAU